AUGCAGUUGCUGUGGGCGUUGGCGUCGGCCGCGGCGCUACUGACGUCGUCCGGCUCCGUCUCGGGGGCUGCCGUCGACCCCAAGGACAAGGGCGAGCCACUCUUCCCCGACGGUCACCCCAACAUCACGUACCUGACGGACAAGAACUGGGACGAGCACAUGGCCAAGACGGACAAGCCAUGGAUCGUCGACUUCUACCACCCUUUCUGCCCGCACUGCAAGCACUUUGCGCCUGCAUACUUCGAGCUAGCAGCCUACUACAAGGAAAAAGGCAACAUUUAUGUCGGAGCAUUGAGCUGCAUGGACCACGUCAAGUGUCGUCGCGUGGGUAUUACUGGUUUCCCGACUCUGAUGACGCUCAACUUCGACAAGAAGAACCCCAAGAAGGAGAACAAGCGGAUCAUCGGCACUCAUACUGUACAGGAAGUGAAAGACUAUGUGAACAGUGUAUUCGCUGAAGCUGCCUUCAACGAGACGGGCACCUGGCCGCCCGGAUACGUUUCUCCGGAGCAGAAGGCCAAGGAGGAAGAGGAAAAGAAGAAGAAAGAAGAAGAAGAGAAGAAAACCGCUGAAAUCAAAGCCGCAUCCAACGGAAAGGAACCUCCCAAGGCUACAGAGACCCCGAAGCCGGCUAUUUGGGAGGAAUCCACGCUCCCAAUGAACCAGACUACGCGUAUCCAGGACGCUGCUUCGGCCUUCGUGUUCGGCCUCAAACAGGGCGCGUUUAUGGCCAGCGACGUUAUGGAUGACGAGGAGUUUGAUGCGCUUAAGGGCUGGCUGAAGAUGGUGUCCGAGACAUUCCCUGGAGCGAUUAACCGGAAGGUUAUCCGACCUUUGUACGAGAAGGUGAAGGAUAAGGAACUGCUGGACUUUGACACGUGGGAUGCCAUCGUUAAAGAGUGGCAGGAGGGCUCAGUUGCCGCCUUUAAGGCAGAGGAAGAACGGUAUGACUUUACCGGUAUUACCGUUCCUGAAUGGCAGCGUCUGGACAAUCUGUUCAUGGGUCAAGGAGCCACUUACCGUGCCUGUGCGUUGUAUACGUGCGGUCAAUGGAACAUGUUCCACAUGCUGACGAUGAACCCUCCUGAGACCGGUACACGCAGUGCGGAGCUUAUGGUGUCUGUCGUUGCAUCCAUCCGUCGCUUUAUGAAGCAUUUCUUUGGUUGUGUGAAUUGCCGUGACCACUUCUUGAAGGAGAAUACGAUCGAAGCAGUCAAGAAGAUCAAGGCCGCAGAGGAUAAGCCUUUAGCUUUGCGUCGUUGGCUGUGGGAACAGCACAACUCGGUCAAUAAGCGUCUGCAUCACCCUAUUUGGCCCAAGCCCGAGAUUUGUCCUACUUGUGGCACUGAAGCUGCGUGGGAGAUGGUGGAAGUGGACAAGUGGAUGAGCAGGACCUAUGCUUACCGUGACGUUAGCGUUCCUCUGGUUAAAUUAGCGGUAACUGCCCCCAUGACCACAGCUGCAGCUCUACGCAAGGUGACUGUUGAGAAGAGUCUCCAGAGACUCAACUCGGAGCUGGACAGGAACCAGCAAACGCUUGGCAGCGGCAGCUUCCUCCCGAGAGAUCUUCAGUUGAGCAGUAAGUUCACCGACAGCGCGAGGAAGGUCCGGCAGCGUGUCGGAGAGAGGUUGAACCGCCGCUAG